UACAGGUCAAAAUGGCGGCCCAUUCUGUUUCCCAAAAACUAGAGCAAAGAAUAAAAAUACUGGAGAAUCGUAUAUGUGGUCAUGAGCAACGCGGAUUUAAAACUAAAGACAAUAAGAAGUGUAUUGAUGCUCUAUCAUCGUUUUUGCAGUCCAUGAACACUGCCACUGCUGGACGUGACAACAUUAAUUCUGCAUGGAAGAGGUUGCAAGAAAUUGACCAAUACUUGGACCCAGCUUUAUCAGAUACCAUUACUAUGGAUGAUGAUUUGAAAACAGAAAUUAUCCUUGCAGAGGAAGAGCAUCUCAAGAAACAGGGAGAGCUUCUCGAGCAAGUUACGAAAAUGAAAGAUAUACUAGAUAGUGAACAUUUGAAAGUUACACCAAAUAUGUCAGAAAAAAUGCAGUCAUUAUCACAUAUAAACAUGGAUCAAAAGGAGGAACUUGAAAGCCUGAAUGGAGAUGCAAAGCAAUUACUUGAGGCUUACAAUCACAUUAUUACUUUAUUAUCCAAACAAUUUGUCCAGUGGGAUGAAACCGUAACUCAGUAUGAAAUAGCCUCACAGAAGAAACCAGUAGAUGAAUAAUGGAAAUACGUUGACUGUACUUAUUUAUGCUGACCACCUUGUGUCUGCAGAUUACAUUUGUUUCAGCAUACAUGUAAAUUAUUUCUCACGAGAUAUCUUAUUUCCAUCAUAUGGUCACUCACAUCUUAUCCCAACCUACUGAAAGGAAAAUAAUUUAUACAUUAUUGUUAUUUGAGGACUUUACAAGUGAAUGUCACUUGUACAGACUAAUCGUUCGCUCUUUAUUAGUAACCGAUCAUUUAAUAAUGAGGCAUAUUUUGCAACUUCCCAAUCAUUGAUGUGGUUUCCUAAGCACAGGAUCCUCAUUACACUGCCACCCCUUCCUACACGAAUGAAUGGAAGAACCUAUAUAUCAAUAUAGCCUUUGUAAAUAUGGUUCAUUGUAUUAUACGCAGGGGAUAUUCAUCACAUGGGAACCAUAUUGUAGGCGAUAAAAUGCAAUGCCAUUGACGCUUCAAUGUUUUGUGAACCUCUUUAAAUUAAUGUGUUUAAUAGCAGUAGCAAUUAUACACGUACCAACAACGAAUAUAACCAUCUUUGUGAACAUGAGCAUCUCAGCUUUUGAUAACUGUGCCUUACAGUAUGUGUAUGAUAAACAUCAGAAAAGGUCUUGGUCUGAAGUCAAGUACCUUGUACAAUUUUAUGGUAAAUUGGAAAGGGAACUGUUAUUAGCAAUGUCUGAAACUAUUAGUACCGGGAAAAAAAAUGGCAUCAACAGGCAAUGUGUUAAUAAAAUUAUAGCAAAUAAUAAAUAAAAUCGAAAAUACUGUAUUUCAUCAAUGAUGAUUAAGUCAACUUGGGAUUAAGAUUAGAUAUUAGAGGUUAUUAAAAUUGUCACCUGCAUCAUAUCAUUACUAGAGUUGUUUUACAUUUAACUCAAGCAUCAGUAAAUCUUGAAAACAUGAUUUUUGCAUUUAUAUUAAUUUUCCAAUAUUUAAUUCUCUAUUUAGAAGUGUAUAUGCAUGUUUUCAUUCAUUGAUAUUGCAAAGGUCAUGUGUAUUCUUGUGAUGGCAUUGAGAAUAAAUCAUUAUCUAUUUAUUGUG